AGUCGCGUAGGUGUUUCCGGUGUCUUAUGACAUUUUACUUCCUUCCACACGGACCGACACGAACAAAUCGAGAAAGAAGACGUUGCUAACUUUCAAAUGCCAUCGUCAGUUGUCGCGUUUCGAGCUUAGUUUUCGUUUCAUUUCCAUCGUAAAAUGCACGGUGUGUGGCGAGAGGUGUCUGAGAACUGAAGAAUUGUUGAAAACGUAGACCGUAACGUGUAGGCCUCUGAAGAAAGUUUGGUCGAGGGCCUGUAAACAACAUGUCCUCCGCCUCGCAGUCUUCCUCCAGACGGCAAUGGUGCUACCUCUGCGAUCUGCCCAAGAUGCCCUGGGCAAUGCUGUGGGAAUUCAGCGAGGCUGUGUGCCGGGGAUGUGUAAACUACGACGGGGCAGACAGAAUAGAGCUCCUCAUUGAAACUGCCAGGCAGCUGAAGAGCACGCAUGGAGUUUUAGACGGCAGAUCCCCCGGUCCACAGCAGGGAAAACCCAGCUCGGCUGGGCCCAUUGAAGCAGGGCGGCAGCAUGGAGAGCGUACAGAUAGGGGGAGGGGUGAGUAUGGGGUGUCUUCUCGCCUCCCCAAUGGCCUGCAUAGAGCUGAAGAUGUGGCCUUGUCAGAGGGCAGCAGGCAGAGCCCAAACACUCGUCGGGCUGUAAUUGGAGCAGUUCCUAGUCUUCAUGGAACCAUAUCUCAUGCCUUGAUAGCUCAGGGGUUAGUAGCAGGCCCUCAUGGGCUUUUAGCCCCAUUAUCAGGCUCUAGGGCAGGGGCAACACCUAUUGCUGUCUCAGCUGGCCCCAUAAUGAGUGAUGCUGGCAGAAGACAGGCUCUGUCUCUGGGUAUGGGAGCUAGCACCUCUGCUCUGGUGGGUAUAGAUCCUGCAGCAUGGAGGAACAAUGAAGUGAUGGCAGAACUGAAUGAGGUGGCUCGCAGCAGGGUUGAAGGCUGGCCAAACCGUCCCAAAGCAGUCCGGGAAGUACUUGUAGCUCUCAGUAGCUGUGUCCCCUUCAAUGUACGCUUUAGGAAAGACCACAGCCUGAUGGGUCGUGUGCUGGCCUUUGAUGCCAGCACAACUCCAGAGUUUGAGCUGAAGGUGUUCGUGGAGUAUCCUGCUGGCUCCGGAAUGAUCUUCUCAGGUGUUCCAGACCUGGUCAGGCAGAUGUUCCGUGACUCAGCCAAAGAUGCAGGUAAAGCGGUGAACUCUGGUCUACGCUAUGUGGAAUAUGAGAAGCGGCAAGGCACAGGAGACUGGCGUGCGCUGUCUGAGCUGUUGAAUGAUGGUGUCCGUAUGUUUAAAGAACCCCCAAUCCCAGAAGUUCUGCCACAGCCAGAUGCAGGGUUGCCUAUGGCAGCCGCUGGACGCCCUGUGCCAGCAAAGAGCACAGCUCGGCGCCGCAAGGCAUCCCCAGGCUCUGAGAAUGGAGAAAGCGAAGGGAGGCCUGAUCACCAAGCAAGAGAAACCUGGUCCAGAGGUGCUUACUCAGGCAUGGAACCUCUUCCUGGCAUGGCUGCCUCUCAGGAGGGCCCACCUCGUUUACACAGCCAGCCCUCACCUAUUUCAGCACUCAUGGGAGUUGCAGACAGCCUGAGCUCCAGCCAGAUGGCCAGAGAUAGUCCCAGCAUGUCCACAGCCCACUCCUCAGCCGGGCGCCCCACCAGCAGCAGCCCCUCCACUGCCUCCACCUCAGUCUCCCAGGCAGCCUUGGGUCAGGUGGGUCCAAGCAGCAACACCAGUGCUGGGGAGUCUACAAGCAGCGCUCAGGGCACUCUGCUCUGCUGUACCCUCUGUCGAGAGCGCUUGGAGGACACUCAUUUUGUCCAGUGUCCCUCUGUUCCACACCACAAGUUUUGCUUCCCGUGUACCCGAGGAUUCAUCCGCAGCCAAGGUCAAGGAGGGGAGGUGUACUGCCCCAGUGGAGAGCGCUGUCCUCUGGCUGGAUCCAAUGUGCCUUGGGCCUUCAUGCAGGGAGAAAUCUCGACCAUCCUGGCCGGUGACGGAGAUGUGACAGUAAAGAAGGAGAACGACCCUUGACAUCUCCAUCCUGUUGUGGUGAAUGUGGAUCAAACACUUUCAAAGCACUUCCCUAUUAUCUCGAGCAGAGGUCCACUUUGGCUGCAGUUCAUCACGUGCCUCUGAGAACAGAGCAACCCUGAACCCCAGGAAAACGGCUACACAAACACCGUUAACUGAAGACACAACAGAACUCACUUUGGAGAAGAGGGAUGUGUGCACCUGUCAGGGCUGAGCUCACCUGUCAAGGCUGGGCUGCUACGUCACAACCGAAUGUUGAGUCCUGACCAAAUCCCUCUCCCUCUCUCUCCUUUGUCCUGAGGCCUCUCAUCAGGCCUUGUUUUCAAAACCCAGGAUAGAAAAGCACAUGCUUGUUUUAAGAAUGACAAUCUAUUUUGUCUUUCAUUUGUGUUUUUGUUCUAUACAUGCAUACUGUUCUACACAGAUGGAUGGCAGAUACUGAUAAAAACAUUUGUCAUGCAAUUCUUCGAAAAACACAUGAAUGUUCAAAAUGUGGCUAAACCAUUGGGCCCUUAAAGCCAAGGAUUGAAAAAAAAUGUAAUCCCACAAUAUGUCUCUUACGUAAUCUCCUUAUAUUGUAUGUCAAAAAUGUGAAUUUACUUUCAAUAUGGCUAUGUAAUUUCUAUUUUUGAUACAAUACAAAUUUAUAUGUAUUUGUUUAUAGUGAUAAGAAGACCAAAGAUGGCUUCAUGCUCAAUGUAAUUUUAUUGUAUUGUAGCUGUGUAUGCUGUAUUCACUGAUAACCUUGGCAUCAGUCACUAAUUUGUUCAUCUAUCACAGAAGUAAGCUUGUUUUGUCUAUUUACUUUUUGAAAUAUAUGUAUGGUAAGAUAAUUAGCACCACAAUCUUCAAUGGUUAACCCACAUACUCGUGAUCUUAACAGGUCAAUUCUACAAUAAAUUACAAAAUAGUUAUUAGUUA